AUGCCGCCAAAGAAGGGAGGAAAGGACACGAAGCCGGCGCCCAAGAAGGGCAAGCUUCAGAACAUGAACAAGGGUGCCAAGAAGGCCACGAAGAAGUGGUCGAAGGGGCGCACUCGUGAGGCUCUGCAGAACGCCGUCGUGUUCGACAAGGACACGAUGGACAAGCUUGUCAACGAGGUACCCAAGUACAAGGUGAUCACGCCGUCCAUCAUCAGUGACCGCCUGAAGAUCUCUGUCGCCCUGGCCGCCAAGGGCCUGCAGCACCUCUGCAAGCAGAAGCAGAUCAAGCUGGUUUCGUGCAGCAGCAAGUUCCGCCUCUACACCCGUGUCUAG